GGGACACAGCUUAUAUGCAUGCUCAUUAGUAGAAAGCAUCUCACAAAAGAGAAAGCAUUUGGUUAAAUACUAGUGUUAUCUGUCCAUAACAGAAAAAAGAUGUUCACAUGCUGCGCUUCAUCCAAGAAGUGAACACAACCACGCAGAGCUGUGCAUUGUGGGAUCUGGAGGCAGAUACGGACUACAUCGUGCAUGUUCAGUCUAUCAGUAUAAGCGGACUGAGUCCCCUCAGUGAACCGCUGCGUUUCAAAACCCCGAAAGAAGCAGAAACACAGGCCUCUAAGAGCAAAGACGAAGUGACCAUGGAGGAAGUCGGUCCGAACGCUCAGCUCAGGGCGGGAGAGCUCAUCAUCAUUGUGGUGGUUCUGAUCAUGUGGGCAGGUGUGAUCGCGCUCUUCUGCCGCCAGUACGACAUCAUCAAAGACAACGAGCCGAACAAUAACAAGGACAAAGCCAAGAACUCGUCAGAAUGCAGUACCCCUGAGCAUCCAUCGGGGGGCCUGCUGCGCAGUAAGGUAUAACCACGACCCUAUGAGAGUCCAGACCACACUAGGCAGUUCCCCAAGAACAACAACAAUAACCGAACGCCAUCUGUGAACAUUAUCAAAGUGUGACGGGAGUCGUUUCUACUUCAGAGGACUCUUUUACCACACGGCUGCAGAAAGGCCAUAUGUGCUCCUCCUCAAAACAGGAAGCAGGAAUUUUUCAAAAGUUUCCCGAUGACAGCUGGAAUAAUCCACAGCGAGCGUCUGAAAGAGAGGCCAGAAAGGUGAACUUUCACACAGACCUGCUCUGGCUCCAGCAGUUUGGAGAACAGAUCUGUGGCUGUUCGGGGACAAGAGAAAACCCUCUGAAAGAAAUGCAGGGGGAAAGACCCAUUCAGAACACUUGUCUUUUAAACUUGAACACUCU